AUGGUUAACCAGAGUGAUAUGGAGUAUGGCUGGUUCGCUAAGGCCAGAUAUGAGGCAAGCAAGGCAUCGGAGAAAGAAGCUAGACUUGCCAAGUGGGGAGAGGCAUGGGAGGCCCUUCGCAGAGAUCGCCGCAAUGGGACUGUGAAGAAGCUGUGGACUCCAAUUCUCAUCACCAGCUCAGGGCCUUUUACGUCGCCGGAGAAGGUACAAGAGGUUCUCAAAUUACCGUCAACCCCAAAAAUGGGGUCGGCACCCACGGCAUCUUUGUUUGAGGAAGAAUCCAUUGCAGCCGAAAGGGAAGAUAGAGUGCAAUAUUGUGAGGUUGAGACUGACCAUCGAUAUACAAUAAUGCGUCAAUCUUAUGGAGAAAUGGUGAUGAUAUGGUUUCACGGCGGCAGAAGGAAUGCAUGGCUUGCAUAUGGCUUGAAAACGGAGACAGAGUGCCAAUGGGAGGCAUUUCGUAAAGCUUCACGUACUGGAGAGUUGAAGGAGAAGCUAUAUCCCAUUAUUAUCAACACUACGGGGCCCUUGACAUCUCCACAAAAAAUACAGGAGCUUAUCGGUCUCUCAUCUCCACCAGAGGUGAAAGAUACAACCAUGGGGAGAAUUUCUGAAUUGGAGCAUGAGUCGCAGAAGGAGGAAUACAAAGUCCAGUACUGCAUGAUUGAUUUUGAACACCUGAGCCUAAUAGAAGCGCAAACCGAGGGUGAGGAUGUGGUGAUCUGGAUUGAUGGACGGAGAAGAUGUACAUGGCUUGCGCAUUCGAUGAAGAAGAAGGACGAAGGUCAGGACAUCAAAUCUGAAAGCUCAUGCACCUGA